AUGGGUGCUUUAACACUUUCUUACUCUGUGCUGGUGAAAAAGACCGGCACUUUCCGCAUGGUCUCAGAGGAUGAGCAGGCCUUACGCUCCAAGCUUGAGCAUCUGACUGUGAUGGAUCAUGGGCCAGUGUUCGGACCAUGUCAGCAACUUCCUGAUCACACAGUGCAGAAGGCAAAGGAUGAGCUGAAUGAGACAGUGGAGAAGAGAGUGUCUGCAGUAAAGGAGCUGAGAUCCCUGAUCUGUGAGAAGGCUGAGAAUAUGGACGACUUGUCCAUUGCCGUGAAGGAGAAAUUCGGGAACAAACCAGAUUCUCUGCUCCUGAGGUUCAUCCGUGCGCGCAAGUUUGACGUGGCCAGGGCAUAUGAGCUCGUGAAGGGUUAUGUGCGUUUCCGACGUGACUACCCUGAGCUUGUAGAGAAUUUGACCCCUGAAGCAGUGCGCAGUACCAUCGAGGCUGGCUAUCCACAAAUACUCAGCACACGAGACAAGGACGGCCGUGUAGUGCUCCUUUUCAACAUAGAAAACUGGGAUUUGGAAGAGGUCACCUUUGACGAAACUCUGCGGGCAUACUGUGUCAUCCUGGAGAAACUUCUGGAAAAUGAGGAGACUCAGAUCAACGGCUUUGUUCUCAUUGAGAACUUUAAGGGUUUUACUAUGCAGCAUGCAGCUGGCAUCAAACACACUGAGCUGAAAAAAAUGGUGGACAUGCUGCAGGACUCGUUUCCUGCCCGCUUCAAGGCUGUGCAUGUGAUUCACCAGCCAUGGUACUUCACAACCACUUACAAUGUGGCUAAAUCCUUCAUGAAGAGCAAACUGCUAGAGAGGGUGUUUGUUCAUGGAGAUGAUCUGGACGCUUACUUCCGAGACUUCAGUGCCGAAAUCCUCCCUCCAGACUUCAACGGAACAGGGCCGAGCUGUGAUGGCAAGGAGACAGCAGACAAGCUGUUUGGCUCUGAAGACACAGCUCUUUAAACGACUCGAGUCAACAAAUACUAUUCUGCUAUUAUGCUAUAGUAGGCUAUUCUGACCUACAUAUAUGGAGUAUAUUGAUGUACUAUAUGAAAAAGUGGGGAAAAAAGAUGUUUACACUAUGAGUGGACAGGAAGAACUGUACCAUAUGAGAAAAUUUAAACAGUAUACUGAACAAUGGGUGCUUGCUUUGUUAAUAUAUAAACAGAAUUUUUUAAAAAGGAGACAAGGUAAUGGUGAUAAUGACUGUUAUGUAGUAUUACUGUAGCAUUAACCCAGUCAAGCCUUAAGACAUAACCAAAC